CGAUGACGUAAUGGCUUUGUGCGCGCGGCGGCGGCGCCGGGGGCAGCAGCGCUUCCUGCGGCUCGCGGGGGCCGCGCGGGGCCUCCCAGACCCGGCGCGGCCCGGCCGGAGCGCGAGGGGCUAAAAAAAUAAACAGUUGAAGUCCUCUUUAUGAAACCAAUCUUCGGUCAAGUGUAACAUUUGAUGUAUGGUCUCUAAAGCCCCCCACUAUGCCAGCAGCUACCGUAGAUCAUAGCCAAAGAAUCUGUGAAGUUUGGGCUUGUAACUUGGAUGAAGAGAUGAAGAAAAUUCGUCAAGUUAUACGGAAGUAUAACUAUGUAGCUAUGGACACAGAAUUUCCAGGAGUAGUUGCAAGGCCUAUUGGAGAAUUCAGAAGCAACGCAGACUAUCAGUACCAACUCUUACGCUGCAAUGUCGACUUGCUAAAAAUAAUUCAACUAGGACUGACGUUUAUGAAUGAGCAAGGAGAAUACCCUCCAGGAACUUCAACUUGGCAAUUUAAUUUUAAAUUUAACUUAACAGAAGAUAUGUAUGCUCAGGACUCUAUCGAACUGUUGACAACAUCUGGUAUCCAGUUUAAAAAGCACGAAGAAGAAGGAAUUGAGACACAGUACUUUGCAGAACUGCUCAUGACAUCAGGAGUUGUAUUGUGUGAAGGAGUCAAGUGGCUUUCCUUUCAUAGUGGAUAUGACUUUGGCUAUCUAAUCAAGAUCCUGACAAACUCCAAUUUACCUGAGGAAGAGCUGGACUUCUUUGAGAUACUGCGAUUGUUUUUCCCUGUCAUCUAUGAUGUAAAAUACCUUAUGAAGAGUUGCAAAAAUCUGAAGGGUGGGUUACAAGAAGUGGCUGAGCAGUUAGAGCUGGAAAGGAUAGGACCACAGCAUCAGGCAGGAUCCGAUUCUUUACUCACAGGAAUGGCCUUUUUCAAAAUGAGAGAAAUGUUCUUUGAAGAUCACAUUGACGAUGCCAAAUAUUGUGGCCACUUAUAUGGUCUUGGUUCGGGGUCAUCUUAUGUACAGAAUGGCACAGGAAACGCUUAUGAAGAAGAAGCCAACAAACAGUCAUGACAUGAAAUGAAAGGCCGUCUUUUUGACCUCCACAUGCUUGUAUAUAGGUUUUAUCUCUGGUUGAACCCCUUGGACAAUUAAGGCUUUUUUCCCCCCUUUCUCAGCACACUUUCUUUUCUGCCUUUCUAUGUACUAAACUUGACUGUUCCUAUCACAGAUUUUGAUCUUAAUAUUGAUACGUAAAAUUUUCUGGGUUACAUUUUGGCCUCUUAACAAGCCCAUUUGUAAAGAAGCAUGUAUAGGAUCAGUGUGGCAGAGAGAAGGGGAAAGUUGAAUCAUAAUGAAUAUUCUGGUAAACUUGCCUACAUUGUUCUUCCAGUUUUUUGUCUUUCCCCUCCCUUCUCUAAAUUAAUUGGCUCUGAUUAUAACUAACUUCCCCCCUCAUGUCUGUUCUUUCCAGUAUGCAGGCGUUUUAGCUAUUCAAGAUUGUGGACCAUCAGAUUUGCACUUUAGAGAGCGACUCUGACUCAGAUCCUCUGUUUUAUUUGAAGUUUGUUUUGGUUUUUUCUUUUGCCCUCAGCUAGAAAACAAUCAUCUGCCAAGUUCAGCAGCUUCAAGCUGUAUUUUCUUGGUAUCUCAGCCCACACAACGGGACUUAUUUGCUGCAUAAUCUCUGUUUGUUCAAGCAAAACAAACUACUGAAAUCAUAGUAAUUGCUCUUACUUUACUAGUGUUUGGUCAUCUUCCAACACAUACUGCACAUGUCAACUGCUGGUUGGCCUGCUGCUUUAAAACUGCUCUGUGAUGGGGGAAAGAGGCUUGAAAAAACAGCUUUACACCCUUCAGGAGAAGAACAGCUAUGACUUUAGCCUUUUUGCCAUUAAGCUGAGAGUUGAAGGAUAAUGGAAAAGUAGGAGUCUUGUAAUGGCACAUUUCCCUUGAUUAACCUCGUGGCUUUUAUCCUAGUAAUGUACACCUCAGAUAUUUUUUAUGAAGUCAUAUUUAUUAUGUACUUGAUUUCAUGAUUUUUGUAAGUCAGUUUAGUUGAAGACGAACCCCAAAGAUCUGAAAAAUACUAUUUAAUUGAAUUAUUGAAUUAGAAGGACAAUUAAAUCAUGCCUUUUUGUAGUUGUUACAAAGACAGAUGUUAAAGAUAUUUGUUGUAAGACAACAAAAUAUAAAUAACUUCCAGCUAAUAAAGUUACCUGAGGAGUGUAAUGCUAGUUUAUUUUUGAGUAUACCUUACAAUAUAUUUUAGAUAUAUUGUUUCCAAGGACCCUAAAGUAUGUUCUUAACUCUGCAUAGCAUGUGUACAGAGCAGUUGUGCAGGAAGGAUUUUUGGUAUUGAAUAGCUAACUAGUAGCCUGGAAUGACGGAAUGCGUGACAUUGUGUGUCUGCGUGUGCGCGCGUACGUGUGCCUGACACGGAAAUCAAUGGCAGAAAAAUCUCCACAUGUUCGCCAAUUACUCUGUUUUAUCUUGUACUGAAAAGCAAAAAAUCAAACUCCUUUUUCUCAUUGAAUUAUGAUGAUGUAACUGGGCGGUCCUUUUUAAACAAGUAAUUUGCAUAACAGAGGGUAUUUGUUUUUAAAGCUUUUGUAAAUAAAGGCCUAAGAAAUGUUUUCUUACAUAACAACAGACUGGUGGUUUUGUUGCAAAAUUUUUCCUGCAAUGUGAUUAUUUGAUCAGUUCGGCUGUGUUUUGUUAGGCAUGAUAGUUCUUUUCUACAUGCUGACAUAGAGGAAUCUAGCUCACUGCUCCCUGACUGAUUUCACAUUCAGAGCAGAAUUGUGUUCAUGGGUUUCCAGUAAUUUAAUUCCUACUGUCCUGAGUUGGAAGAGGGGUGAUUGCAGGUUACUUCUGAGGCAUCCUAAUCCCGUUAGUGCUUUUAUACCAUUAUGCAUUAGAUGAUGGUGACUUGUUUUAACAUCAGUUGUCUUUGACUUUAAGAUUGUGAUAGUGAAAGCAGGAUGAAUUCUUACUGUGGCCUCCAGGGUUUGCAUAGACGUGGCAUGAAGAGCCCCUGAAGUUUGAUGCAUUUGCUUUAAAGUAGUAGCUUUGCCUAAAGCAUAUGGAUACAGCUAUCUGGUUAACUUCAGCAGAAUGACUCUUCGAAGGACUUUAAUGGGUUUUUGUUUUGAAGUUGGUUUUCAAUCGAGGAUCAAAGGAAGUUUUUAGAGCCUUCUGAAUGUGUGCCUCCAGUGAAAGUUCUAGUGCCGAUGGGGAUUUGCUUUUGAAGUGACUGCUGAGCAUCCCAUAUGCUGUGCUGUGCUUUUCUUUGCUUCCUGUCGCAGAAUCAGGGAAUGGUUUGGGUUGAAAGGAACCUUAAAAAUUAUCUAGUUCCAACCCCCCUGCCAUGGAGAGGGACACCUUCCACUAGACCAGU